AUGCCGCCUCCCCUGGGUCCUGGAAGGCCCAGGUCACAAAGGCCAUUAGGGCCAAGCCCCCAGAAGGCACGUCCCAAGGCAGCCCUGUCCGCGCUCCCCUCUGCAGCUACCCGCAGGGCCGGGCCUGGACCUCCCGCCGCGACCCUGGCCCGGCGACUGGGUGUUAGGGCUCGGUCCGUGCCUGGUGACCUCGAGGCCCAUGUGCGUGGUCUGCUUCGUGAAGGCGCUGGUGCACGUGUUCAAAAUUUACCUGACCGCCAACUACACCUACAAUUUCCGCAGCUGGCCGGUGGACUUCCGCUGGGAUGACGUGCGCGCCGCCUCCAGGGGUGGCAGCGGUCACCGCGCGCUAACGUGCGCGGCGGCCGCGGCGGGUGUGUGGCUGCUGCGGGGCGCGGCGCUGGGCGGGGACGCGCCGGGGCGGCCACUGCGCGGAGCGCGCAGCCAGGCGCAGUGCCUCCUGCAGCAAAUCCGCGAGCUGCCCAGCCAGCUCGCCAGCUAUGCGCUGGCCCACUCGCUGGGUCGCUGGCUCGUGUACCCCGGCUCCAUGUUCCUGAUGACGCGCGCGCUGCUGCCGCUGCUGCAGCAGGGCCAAGAGCGCCUCGUGGAGCGCUACCGCGGUCGGCGCGCCAAGCUGGUGGCCUGUGACGGCAACGAGAUCGACACCAUGUUCAUGGACCGCCGCCAGCACCCGGGCAGCCACGGCCGUGGCCUGCGCCUCGUCAUCUGCUGCGAAGGCAAUGCCGGCUUCUACGAGAUGGGCUGCCUGUCGGCGCCACUGGAGGCCGGUUACUCGGUGCUGGGCUGGAACCACCCCGGCUUCGGGGGCAGCACCGGCGCGCCGUUCCCUCAGCACGACGCCAACGCCAUGGACGUGGUGGUCAAGUACGCGCUGCACCGCCUGCACUUCCCGCCUGCGCACGUGGUGGUCUACGGCUGGUCCAUCGGCGGCUUCACGGCCACCUGGGCUACUAUGACGUACCCAGAGCUGGGUGCGCUGGUGCUUGACGCCACCUUCGACGACCUCGUGCCGCUGGCGCUGAAGGUAAUGCCCCAGAGCUGGAAGGGGCUGGUGGUGCGCACCGUGCGCGAGCACUUCAACCUCAACGUGGCCGAGCAGCUGUGCCUCUACCCCGGGCCUGUGCUGCUGCUCCGGCGCACACAGGACGACGUGGUCAGCACCUCGGGCCACCUGCGCCCCCUGCCGUCCGGCGACGUGGAGGGCAACCGCGGCAACGAGCUGCUCCUGCGCCUGCUGCAGCACCGCUACCCCGCCGUGAUGAUGCGCGAGGGCCUCGCCGUGGUGACCCGCUGGCUGCGCACCGGCAGCCUGGCGCAGGAGGCCGCCUUCUUCGCGCGCUACCGCGUGGACGACGAGUGGUGCCUGGAACUGCUGCGCUCCUAUCGCGCGCGCUGCGAGGACCUGCGGGAGGACGAGGAGGCCUGGGGGCCGCACGGGCUUGUCUUCCCCUGGCUGGUGGGCCAGGGCCUUAGCCCGCGGCGGCGCAGACAGCUCGCGCUGUUCCUGGCGCGGAAACACCUCAAGAACGUGGAGGCAACUCACUGCAGUCCGCUGGAACCAGAGGACUUUCAGUUCCCCUGGAGACUGUAGAUCGCGUCUUUGCGGGUCCGUUCCGCACACCCCCAAAUUAGUAAAUCUGGCCCUGCC